GCCCGGAGCGGCGGAGCAGACGGACUUUCUGGAAAGGGGGCCUGCUUGGGUCUGGGCGGGCUUCAACCUCGGUGACUGCUCCCGACUUCUGGCCCCUCGGAGAGGGGCGAGGAGCCCAGGGUUCCCGGCCCUGGGUUCCCGUGGUUCGAAUCUGGUCUGCUCAGUCCUCCGAAUCCCGUGGCCCCGUCACUCGCUCUUAGUUGCAGAGCUUGUGGGAGAGAAGCAGCAAGAAUCCAGCCGCGAGCGAUGGAGAACCGGAGCCCGAGCGCAAGAGGAAGCGCUCACCCUCCGCAGGGUCUCACGUCCCGCUUGGCUCAUCUUGCAGAUUGGUGGGAAGAGGGGGGCACGAGGUGGAGUAAGAGACUGGCUGGGACGGAGCCGGCGAGGGUGAGGCGAAACCCAUGUAAAGUGAUUCGCGUUGGAAAUCAAGAGUAAUCGGGGGAAAGAAACGGUUACUCAGUUACAAAACUUUAUCACCUCAUAGAAAUCAACGGGACCAGAGAGAGCGGCGUGCAAAAUCUACGUGACAGGAGGACUUUUACUUCUUCCCACGUGAUACCACUUUAGCGUGCAAAAAAUUGGAAUAUGCUCGCAAAAUAGGCCCCUGUGUCAAGGGCCGGAGCCUCUCAGCCGGCCCCCAUCAGUGGACUGCAGCGUGGGAAAAGUUGCCACGACGUAUUUGCGGGGACUCAGGCACCCCCGGGCUCGCUGGCUAGCGGAAAAAACCUCGCGAGAAGGCGCGCGAGUCCGUCCGAGACUGAGGUCCUGCCCCGGGGCCGGAAGCGCGCGGCUCCUCCCGGAAGUAGUGCUUCCUCGGCUGCAUGUGGGCCGCACGAUGGCGGCUCACCGCUCCGGCCCGCUGAAGCAGCAGAAUAAAGCUCAUAAAGGCGGGCGGCACAGCGGUGGUGGGUCCGCACACGUGGGCAGCAAGGGCCGUGUAGGACCGAAAGUCUUGUGCAAGAAGGCGAAGAAGCAGCUCAGCCGAGUAGACCAGAGGCAUCGUGCCAACCAGCUCCGAAAGCAGAAACGGGAGGCGGUUCUGGCAGAGAAAAGGCAGCUGGGCAGCAAGGAUGGGCCUCCUCAUCAGGUGCUCGUGGUGCCUCUGCACAACAGGAUUUCCCUUCCAGAGGCAUUUACACUACUUCAGAAUGAAGUCUUGGGAACAGUGUACGUGAAUGAAUUCGGAAGCACCCAAGGCUUUAUGCUUCUAAGCCAAGUAGUGAGACGUCGCUGGUUUUUCACAUAUGCAAGACCAGGGGAUCUGCAUACUGUCUUAGACAUGGCGAAAGUUGCUGAUACCAUCCUGUUCCUCCUGGAUCCACUAGAGGGCUGGGACAGCACUGGGGAUUACUGUCUGUCUUGCCUCUUUGCUCAGGGCCUUCCCACCUACACGCUUGCUGUCCAGGGGCUUUCUGGCCUCCCACUAAAGAAACACAUAGAUGCCAAGAAGAAGCUAAGUAAAAUAGUGCUGAAACGCUUUUCCGAGGAUGAAGUCCUGUUGCUGGACACCCCACAGCAGGCAGCUAUGCUCCUUAGACAGUUGGCUAACCAGAAGCAACGGCAUCUUGCUUUUCGAGAUCGGCGAGCUUACUUGUUUGCCCAUGUUGCUGACUUUGUGCCUAGUGAGGAGAGCAACUUAGUGGGCACCUUGAAAAUCUCAGGCUAUGUUCGCGGAAGGACUCUGAAUGUAAAUAGUUUGCUGCAUAUCGUUGGACAUGGUGAUUUCCAAAUGAAUCAGAUAGAUGCCCCUGUGGACCCCUUCCCUUUAAAUCCUAGAGUGAUUCAAUCCCAGAAGAAACCGAACGUGGCAAUGGAGAUUUGUACUACAGAUGCUGUAGCUGACAUGGAAGAAGACCUUAAGGUUCUGAUGAAAGCAGACCCUGAUCAACAGGAAACUUUACAAACAGAGGUUUUUCCAGAUCCAAUGGAAGGGGAGCAAACCUGGCCUACUGAGGAGGAGCUGGAUGAGGCAAAUGACUUACUGAAGCAGCGUUCCAGGGUGGUAAAGAAGGUCCCUAAAGGGACGUCCAGUUACCAGGCCGAAUGGAUUUUGGACGAAGGUGAUGAGAGUGGUGGGGAAGGCGAUGAGGAUGAUGAUCUGCAACAUGAAGGUUUUAUGGAAGAGGAGUCUCAGGAUGAGAGUGGUGAGGAGGAAGAGGAGGAAUGUGAAACUAUGACUCUAGGGGAGUCUGUGCGUGAUGAUCUCUAUGACGAGAAAGUAGAUGAAGAGGCUGAGGAGAGAAUGUUGGAGAAAUAUAAACAAGAAAGAUUGGAAGAGAUGUUUCCAGAUGAAAUUGAUACCCCCCGUGAUGUGGCUGCUAGAAUUCGAUUUCAGAAAUAUAGAGGCCUCAAGAGCUUCAGGACAUCUCCUUGGGACCCUAAGGAAAACCUUCCUCGAGAUUAUGCUCGGAUCUUUCAGUUUCAGAAUUUUAUUAAUACUAGAAAAAGAAUCUUUAAACAGAUUGAGGAAAAAGAAGCCGAAGGAGCUGAGGUUGGCUGGUAUGUCACACUCCAUGUCUCUGAUGUCCCUGUCUCAGUGGUUAAGUAUUUCAGGCAAGGAGCGCCCUUGAUUGCAUUUUCUUUACUACCGUAUGAACAGAAGAUGUCAGUAUUGAACAUGGUGGUGAGUCGGAACCCUGGCAGCACAGAACCCGUGAAGGCCAAGGAAGAAUUGAUUUUCCAUUGUGGAUUCAGGCGCUUCCGAGCCUCGCCUUUAUUCUCUCAGCACACAGCAGCUGAUAAACAUAAAUUUCAGAGAUUCUUGACUGCUGAUGCGGCCCUAGUGGUGACAGUGUUUGCGCCAAUCACUUUUCCUCCUGCAUCUGUGCUACUUUUCAAGCAGAGAAGCAAUGGAAUGCACAGCCUCAUUGCUACAGGCCAUCUGUUAUCAGUGGAUCCAGACAGGAUGGUCAUCAAGAGAGUUGUUCUGAGUGGCCAUCCUUUCAAAAUUUUUACUAAGAUGGCAGUAGUUCGCUACAUGUUCUUCAACAGAGAGGACGUGAUGUGGUUUAAGCCUGUGGAACUGAGAACCAAGUGGGGCCGCAGGGGACACAUCAAGGAGCCUCUAGGUACCCAUGGCCAUAUGAAGUGCAGUUUUGAUGGGAAGCUAAAAUCUCAGGAUACAGUAUUAAUGAACCUCUAUAAGCGAGUUUUCCCCAAAUGGACUUAUGAUCCAUAUGUACCAGAACCAGUACCAUGGGUGAAAAGUGAGAUCUCCUCAACAGCCUCUGAAGUGGACAUGGAGUAAUGGAGUCAGUGUGAUUCUGUCUCUACUGCGGUCAGGACUGUGGGUGGGAGUCUGGCUUGUGACUAGGCAGUUUGUGCUUUUCUGUUUCAGCUGCUCAUGUCUCCACUAAGUGGGGUUUACACUGUUUCUUGGUCUCCAAAUUCUAACUCUUACUGAAAUACUCCAUUAGGAUUUUGAAAACAAUUAAAAAAGCGAAGACGGAAAACAAUUUUCAUCUAGAGACAACUUCUCCCUCAUGAAUUUAAACAGAAAUAGUCUGGAAAGGAGCCGGCCUUUCAGCCUGCUUCACCCAGCUUAGGGAGGUUAAGUCUACAUUCCCACCACUGAGUACAAUACAGAUGUUCUUCACUUCUGGAGAGACUGUCUGGAAAUGCUGCGACAGCACCGCCGCCAGUCCGACGCCAGCGGUGGGUUCAAUGAGCAGUUUCAUCCUCUCCCACACCAGCUGGGUUGCAUACUGUUGGUACAGAGAGGAGGAAGGAUUAUUGGAACAAAUAGCGCUGGACACCAAAUGAAAUAGAUGUUUGGGUUUGUUGCGAUGAGUAUGUGCUUGCUAAUAAAGUAUGCAUAUA